AUGGCGGCACCCUUUACCACCGAACGCCAUGUAAAAUAUUACCUACGCUGUCUCAAGACCUUCCUGCCGUCGGCCUAUACCUCCAGUGACUCAAAUCGCAUGCUCCUCGCCUUCUUUAGUCUCUCUGGACUAGAUGUCUUGGGUGUUCUGCAGGCCAAAACCACCCCCAAGGAAAGGCAAUCAUACAUCAACUGGCUCUACCACUGCCAGGUGCCCUCUGGUGGAUUUCGGGGAUUCCCAGGCACGGAUUUCGGGGAAGAGAGACGCACCGAGGAAAAUGCAGUGUGGGAUCCGGCCAACGUCCCAGCGACAUUCUUUGGACUGGUGAAUCUACUCAUUUUGGGCGAUGAUCUAUCCCGGGUCAAACGAAGAGAAUGCCUGCAGUGGCUCCCUGAGCUACAACGUGCCGAUGGAAGUUUUGGAGAAGUACUCGGGCCUGAUGGGAGUAUUGAGGGCGAUCGCGAUCUGCGAUAUUGUAUGUGUGCAGCUGGUAUCCGUUAUAUGUUGCGCGGGAGUACAAGCACAGGCGUUGAAGAUAUAGAUGAUAUCGAUGUGCCUGGCUUUAUAUCAUUCAUCCAAGCGUGCCAGGCUUACGAUGGUGGAAUGGCCGAAUCCCCUUUCCGCGAACCCCAUAGUGGUCAUACAUAUUGUGCAGUUGGAUCUCUAGACUUUCUGCGUCGGGCAGGCACAGACAUCCAAGAGGUUCCCAUGCUGUCACCGGGCUCGGGGAAGUUUGAGAUGUUGCUUGCUUGGCUCGCAUCGCGGCAGACAGGGGAACUCGGCGAGGAAGAGGAAGAAGAAGACGAUGACGAAGAUAAUGACGAUGGCAAUGUUGAAGGAGUACCAAAUACACAGCCGACCGAUAACGAGGUGACAAAAUCUCUGGAAGAGAGGAUCAUCGCACUGCCAGGUCUCACUGCAUUGGCCGCCGACUCAAUACCAUGCGCUGGAUUCAAUGGCCGGUAUAACAAGUUUGCAGACACCUGCUAUUCGUUUUGGAAUGGGGCGACACUAAUGAUGUUGGAUCGGUACUCAGUGAUUGAUGAUGUGCGUAACCGGCGUUAUCUUCUUGAAAAGGUGCAACACUUGGUGGGUGGAUUUGGAAAGUCCGUUGGAGAUCCUCCCGAUCUCCUCCACUCAUACUUUGGGAUGGUGUCAUUGGCUUUUCAGGGUAAAGAUGGAUUGGCUUGUGUUGACCCUGCGCUGGUCACAACUACGCGAGUCGUGCAGCAUCUUGAGUCACUUCCGUGGCGGUCAUAG